AUCAUUACAGAAGGGAUUGGAGGAAUUCUUACUGAAGCAGAUGCUCAGAAAUUACAUGAUCAGCUGAAAAAGGAGCAAGAUACUUCUGCCACUCUUUUGCAGGAACUCCAUGACACACGCAAUCAGGUUGAAGGCUUGGAAUCAGAAGUGCAACGAGCUCAAGAGGAAGCGGCUCUUCAUCGUGAUCGUUACCGCAGUUUACAGUCCCAAGGAAUUCAUGCCCAAGCUGCCGUUACUAGUACUUCACUCGAUGCCCUUAAGAAGGAUCCAGUAGAUGCCUUGGAAAAAAAACGACUUCGAGAUGAGGCAGCUAUGCUUCGUGAAGAAGUGGAUACGUUAGAAGCUGCACUGGCUGCGGAGAGGCAGAAGACUAAUGAUGAGCGGACAGCUCUUACCAGAGCUCUCGCUGAAAUAAAUCAUUUAAAGAAAGACCUACAUGAGUUGAAAGAAAGAUCUGAGAGAGAGACACACAAUGAUCAAUAUUAUCAGGUCAAGAUAAAGUCUAUUAGUGAGAAGCAUGAUGAAGCAACAGCCAAGCUCAUGUCAUAUGAGGAAUUAUUAGCUGCUAAGAAUGAUGAGUUGUCCAGAAUUAAGAAAGAACUUGGCCAGACAAAAGCUAAUCUGGCAGAACGCACAAGUGAAAGUGAGACUAUUGCAAUACUUAGAGCUCAAGUGGAAGUCUACCAAGGUGACUUUAGAGCAGAACGUGAAGCUAGAGAGGCUUUGGCAACUGACAGAGAGAAACUACGAGAUGAAUUACGUCACCUUCAAACUCGAAACACACAGCUCAUAGAUGAAUUGGAGGCUUACCAGCGUAGACAUCUUAAUCAAGGUCAAGGCCGAGGUUCCAGAGCUGGUUCAGAGGAGCCAGCUGGAGCUGCAUCUGGAGGAUUAGCUGGGAUGUCUUCAGAGGCAUUAUGGGAAAAGCUGUCUAAUUCUUCUGACAAGAAAGAAGAAGAAAGGAAGGAAGAAGAGUUAGAUGAAAACCUGUUCUAUUGUCCAAAGUGUAAUAAAUCCUUCACUCAAUACCGCCCUCUGGAAGAGCAUGUUAACCGAUGCCUGGAUGAGGAUUAGUGUAGUUUUGUUGUUAAACUGCCAUAGAAAUAUUUCAAAUGUAAAUUUUCUUAAGCUGGUUUACACAUACAAGUGAAACCUCACUCUUAUCAAAUUCCUGCAUUGGCCAAAUCUUUUUGUAUUAAAUUCAAAUUGUUCAGGGGUUUGAAGAAAUGUUUGUGUUUAUGAGAAUUGUUCACCUCAGCUACUUCUGAGCCAGCUUGGUCAUGUUAACAGCCAACCUAGUCUGAACUGCAUUGCAUACUGUACAUAAAAUAAAAGACAGACUCCAUACAGUAUGAUAAAUGUAACAUUUUACAUUAAACAGUGAUAUAUAAAAAACACAAAUUAGCUUAAAUAUAAUUGCACCGUGUGUUAUUGCUACUCGUCUAUGUCCAAAAGAUUUUAGUAAAAAGUCCAAACAUUAAAAAAUACAUAAAUUAUUACACAGAUUUUAUCAAGUAAUAAAACGGCUUGAUACAUAUACUGUACAGUGGAACCUUGGUUGACGAUUGCCCUAGAAGACGAAUUUUUUGGAACACGACAUCAAAUUGGUUGUAAAAUUGGAAUUGGUACACAAUGGUUUACUUGGAAGACAUCUGUUCGUACACGUGUGGGUCGAAUGAGAAUUCAACUGGUGCUGGGGGCAUGGGGCGAGGCGCUCUCAGUUUGUUUUACAAGUCUAUUCCGACGACCGAUCAUGAAUUUUUUUAAAAGAAUUUCAUUAUUUUUCUGCUUUUUGUUUUCUGAACAAUAAAGUUUUUAUUAUAUAUUACACCAUGGGUCCCAGGAUGGUGAGGGAACUGGAUGGAUGACUGGUGGGGGCACUGGAUGGAUGGAGGGGGGACUGGAUGGAUGG